GGGAGGAUCUAUACAACCAGCGGUCCCUGGAUCUUGUCCUCGUUGAAGGGAUCAAAGAAGCGAUGCGGUUGGCAUUCAAAAACAAAGAAGAGUCGUACGAGUUGCCAACCCUGAAGUUGGCACUGUUGGGGCUGCAAAAACCAACUCUCGAGAACAAGGCACAACGUCUGAAGCUGGAGGAAUGGAGGGACGAGCUGGCAGGACAAUACUACUACUACGCAGUGUGUGGGCGGUACAACGAGGCUGCAGCCCGAUCUGUGCUCGGCAGCGAGGUGGCCAAGAAGUACAAUUUCGAGCGGUGGCCGGCACAAAUGGUGCACUUUUCGGACAACGACUUCGAAGGGUAUUUUCUUGUUAGUUCCCAGGACAACAAGAAGGACCUCAAGGCACCUCCUAGACAGUUGAAAUUGUCCAUGGAAGACAUUCGGUGGCAGUGGAAGCAUAACAGUUUCCCUAGAGCUGUCAUGGGGAACCUUAGCGGGAAACAAGAACAGGUCCGGAAAUGGCGUGAGUUCUGUACAAUGGUGCUCCAUAAGACGUCGUACAACAACUUGUGGAUUCUCACGGAUCAAAAGGGAGAGGACGCCAUUAAGAAGCAAAAUGUUGCCCUGUGUUCUUAUUUCCCGCUGGCGAUGGCCGGCGAGAAUCGAGACCCUACAAGUGCAGGGUCUAGCGACACAGAGACGACGAAGUCCGCCGAGAUUCGAACUUCUUCAGGCGGGAGGGGUCAGCCAAGGAUUGUCGUACCGCCGGGAGGGGCAGCAUGCACGGAGACAGAAGGGCGGUCGUCGGGAUUCAACACGGGUACCGGAGAAAGACCUGGAUUGCAUGGAAGGGAAGGAGAGGAGGAAAUGGAGGAAGGGAAGGAAGGGGAAGAAGGGGAGGAAGAAGGGGAAGAAGGGGGGGAAGGGGAGGAAGGGGGAGAAAAGGAGCUGAUUGAAUUGCUUGAAGGCAGAGAGGGUGCCAAAGGGGACAUGGGUAUUGGAGACGACGAGGGGGAGGACAAUGAGGACGAUGCCGAAUCUGGAGAAUCGUCUGACGAGUUCGGACAACUGUACAAAGAGCAUCACGAGGAUGAUGUCGACGACGAUGCCACGACAAUGGAGAUGGAGACACAAGUGGUUAGCAACCUGUCUGCAGAGCCUGAAGACUAUGAGGUCCAACCACUGACGUCUGUCGUCAAUCUGCAACACCGGUUUGACGAGGCUUCCAUUGCUAUGAGCCCAUCUAAAGCAAGCCGUCGUAUAAGCAUCGAAGAAGUUAUCAACGGUAUCCUCGGCGACCAGCACGUGUCCGCGCAUCUGUCCACAACGCCUGACGUUGAUGACGCUCGCAACGUCAAAUCAUCCGUGGCAGCUGCCCUCGCUUUCUCGCCGCCGAACUCACUGGUAGUGCCGGCCACCCUCGCCGGUGGAGGGGAAGGCGAUGUCAGGGGACGACAACAUGUCACGUCCCCUAAAAAAAUUAGGAUCGGCACUCAAGCUCUCGACGUGCUCGCUUUGCCGACGCCAACUUCACCGACGAAGGAGCGGAGAGACAAACCGACUGGUAAGCUGUGAAGAACACCACACCGUCUGCGCGUCCAGGCUUACGAAAACGAGAACG